AGAGGUGAGGCUGUGGUGAUCUCGGGGAGGAAGCUGGCCCGGCAGAUCCGGCAGGAAGCCCGGCACGAGGUGGAGCAGUGGGUGGCGGCGGGGAACAAGCGGCCCCACCUGAGCGUGGUGCUGGUCGGGGAGAACCCGGCCAGCCACUCCUACGUCCUCAACAAGACCAAGGCAGCGGCUGACGUGGGGAUCAGCAGUGAGACCAUCCUCAGACCAGCUUCCAUCACUGAGGAGGAGCUGCUGGAUUUGAUCAGCAAACUCAACAACGAUGCCAACGUGGAUGGGCUGUUGGUGCAGCUCCCCCUGCCUGGACACAUCGACGAGCGCAGGGUCUGCAACGCCGUCAGCCCCGACAAGGACGUCGACGGCUUCCACGUGAUCAACGUGGGCCGCAUGUGCCUGGACCAGGACUCCAUGUUACCUGCCACCCCCUGGGGAGUCUGGGAGAUCAUCAAGAGGACUGGGAUCCCAACGCUGGGCAAGAAUGUGGUGGUGGCCGGGAGGUCGAAGAACGUGGGGAUGCCCAUCGCGAUGCUGCUCCACACCGACGGCAAACACGAGCGGCCUGGGGGUGAUGCCACAGUCACCAUCUCCCACCGCUACACCCCCAAGGAGCAGCUGAAGCAGCACACGAUCCGUGCGGACAUCGUGGUGGCAGCAGCAGGCAUUCCCAACCUGAUCACAGCUGACAUGAUCAAAGAAGGAGCUGCAGUGAUUGAUGUGGGAAUCACCAGAGUGCAGGAUCCCAUUACUGCCAAGUCCAGGCUGGUUGGGGACGUGGAUUUUGAAGGGGUGAGGAAGAAGGCCAGCUACAUCACCCCAGUGCCGGGCGGGGUGGGGCCCAUGACCGUGGCCAUGCUGAUGAAAAACACCAUCAUCGCUGCCAAGAAGCUGCUGAAACCCAAAGAGCUGGAAGCACUGACUGCUUGACCUGGGCCAUCCUUCUCCCUUGUAGCACUGAAAACAACAUUCCAAACUUGACUCCCGAACAGGCCGAUAGAAAAUGCAAUAUUUUUUUAUUUAUUGUCUCGGAAUGGGGAAUUUUCCCCACCCGGAGGCCGCAGGUAUUUAUUGGAAGCUGAAGCAGCUGCAUCUUGGUGGUCCUGAGGUGUGUCAAUCUACACUCCUGUGCUCCUGCUGCUUGUAAAGCUGCUCUGUGUGUGAGCCAGCCCUGCUCCCUGCAGGGAUUUGGGAUCCUGGGAAUGCAGCUUUCCCGGGAGCUCGCUCGGCAAUCGCUUGGGAUUUGCUGCGUGGUACAAAAAGCCUGGAUGGUUCUGUUCUCGCACAUCUGCAGUGUGUGGCCUGUGCUGGUCUCCUGCUCGAUGCUGGGAUGUUUAGUUCGAGCUCUUCUGUAGAAGAAGUGACUUGAAAAAUUGCAAAUGGAGCCGUAUUUGUGCUGUGGGGCCGGGCAGGGCCCUGGGCAGUGGCAGAGCUGUUGUAACAUGUUUGAGUGUGCACCUAAGCUGGGGUUUGCUUUUUUGUUUUUGCUGUUUGGUUGGUGAAUUUUUUUUAAAAAAGCCUUUUUUUUCUAACCAAAGAACAGAGCGGGGAGGGUUUGGUGCCCACAAAGGGGGCACGCAGGAGGUUCCCUGGGCUGUGUGUGAGGUGUGUAAUUAGUGAGUAAUGCAGGCUAACUAAAUAAAGUGUGAGGAG